CUGAAGGAACUGGCGGAAACGAUCUUUACAAUAUGGCGGCCGAAGCUGACGGGCUGCUCAAACGGGUGCUGGUGCCGAUUCUUUUACCUGAGAAAUGCUACGACCAAUUUUUCGUCCAGUGGGAUUUGCUUCACGUCCCUUGCCUGAAGAUUCUCAUCAGCAAAGGCCUGGGGCUGGGCAUUGUAGCUGGGUCACUUCUGGUAAAACUGCCUCAGGUGUUUAAAAUCCUUGGAGCCAAGAGUGCUGAAGGGCUGAGCCUGCAGUCAGUAAUGCUCGAACUAGUGGCAUUGACUGGGACCAUGGUCUACAGCAUUGUCAACAACUUCCCCUUCAGCUCUUGGGGUGAAGCACUAUUCCUGAUGCUCCAGACAAUCACCAUCUGCUUCCUGGUCCUGCACUACAGAGGACAAACUGUGAAAGGUGUGGCUUUCCUAGUGGGUUACGCUCUGGUCCUGCUGAUACUACUUUCACCACUGAUGCCCCUGGCCGUGAUCACCAUACUCCAGGCCUCCAAUAUGCCUUCUGUGGUGGUGGGGAAGCUGCUCCAGGCAGCCACCAACUACCGCAAUGGGCACACGGGCCAGCUCUCAGCCAUCACAGUCUUUUUGCUCUUUGGGGGCUCCCUGGCCCGAAUCUUCACCUCCAUUCAGGAAACUGGAGAUCCCCUCAUGGCUGGAACCUUUGUGGUCUCUUCCCUCUGUAACGGCCUUAUUGCUGCCCAGCUUCUCUUCUACUGGAAUGUAAAGGCUCCUCACAAGAAGAAAAAGGAGUAAUAGGGCUGAGCCGGCUAUUGGCGUCCAUUCCAUGUUUCUGUUCAUCCACCUAACCUCAGGGUCCUGAGCCAGCCUGCUGGCUGACUUUUAAUCAUUCCCCAUUUCUCUGCAGAUGCACCUUUUUGAGCCAGAGUUUGUUUCCGUGGAAAGGCAUAGAUGGUAGACCCAGAUUAUCAGGCUGACGUUUGAUAUUGAUUGUGCACUGUCCUGUGUAUGCACUAUUAAUUAAUUUAACCAUUUGAUGAACUUCUUUUUUUUAGCAAUUUCUAGCUACUUACCUAUUCUGGGCAAGUCUUGCCCUGCCCUCCCAUCUCCCCACUUCCCUUUUGGCCUUAAGAGGACAGAGCCUGGACAGUGCAAGGAACUAGAGGCUUAUGGCUGCCUCCCUCCCCCAGCCUGGCUGGGACUGUCUCCUGGACCCCAGUGCUGGGGGGGAGGCAGGGGAAGGGGGAUGAAGAAUGACUCAGUCAGGGCCGCAGGGUGGGGUGAGGAGGUUCCUGCUCUGGCAGGUCCAGGCAAAAGGGAGUGGAGAUGAUGCUGGUUCCUGUUGUAAUGAGGGGGGAACAGAGAUGGGGCAAUAAAGACGCAGAGACAUGG